UCGGGCUGCUGUGUGGCGCGCGGCGCAGUGUCUCAGAGCUGAGGAGAAAGGAGAGAGCUCGAGCUCAGAGGAGGAGAUUUUACCUGGAGUUCAUUAUAAACAGCAGACUCUGCUCGGAAUUUUGCUUUUCUCCUCUCAGGACGCUGAAAUCUGAGGUGUUUGUGCUGACUCACUCUUUCACAUGUUUUCCAGGAAAGUGUUGCCAGGAUGAGUCGUGAGAUGCGACCUCCACCUGAGUGUGGACUGAAUAAAGGCCACCUUUACAUCUUUUCUGAACAAAAGCCCACAAAGGAGUUCUGAACCGAAGAGGUGGUGUCCCUGUCUGCCAACAUGAAUCUUACCUCUCAGCUUCUGGACCUGAUGCUGGAGGCGUCCAACCUCUCCCGGUGGCAGUUCAUCCAGGAGUACUCCAUCCCUCCUCUGGUGGCGGUGCCGAGGCUCCCCGGGGCCUUGCUGCCUGUGUUUGGUCUGCUGUAUGUGCUGAUCUUCUGUCUUGCUGUGGUGGGAAACGGGGCUGUGCUGGUUCUUCUGUGCCGUAAGAAGGCUCUGCAGUCGCCCAGCACGUUCUUCAUCUGCUCCCUGGCACUCAGUGACCUGCUCAUCGCCAUUGUGUGUGUGCCCGCCUCUCUUCUGCAGCACUUCUUCAAAAACUGGCUGGCAGGAGACUUUCUGUGCAAACUGGUCCCAUUCCUUCAAGUGACUGCCAUAGCAACCAGCAUCCUCACCAUGACCUGCAUCGCGGUGGAGCGUUUCCAGGGCAUCCUGUAUCCGCUGCAUGUCCGCAACAGCUACGUCCUCCACAGCUCCAUCAGGAUGCUAGCGGCUGUGUGGCUGAUUGCUUUGGCAAUAGCAGCGCCCAUGUGGUUCGUCCAGAAAGUAGAGGUGAAAUAUGACUUCUUGUUUGAUGUCUACCACACCUGCUGUCUGGAGGUGUGGUCAAACCACCACCAGAGGCUGGGCUACACCGCCUGCCUGUCCGUAUUGGUCUUUCUGGUUCCCAUGCUGACCAUGGCGGUUCUGUAUGGGAAGAUAAUGAGAGAGCUUUGGGGAAAGCACAGAGUUCACGAGGCCAUGUUCCAGACGCUCCCAGGCUCUGAAAUCAACAAGAUCACCAGGAGGAAGAGAAGAGCAGUGAGGAUGAUGGCAACAGUGGUUCUUCUGUUUGCUGCUUGCUGGUCUCCAUUUCACCUUGUGUCACUGCUGCUGGACUAUGGGAAGCUGGACCUGGACCUGGACUCUGAGUUUUUGCUGGUCAGUCUGGUGCAGAUCCUGGGCUUCAGUAACUCUGUGUGUAACCCUCUGGUCUAUGCCACAAUCAACACCAACUUCAAGAGGGAAAUGUUGGCUCUUCUUACAAGGAGGCGGAGUCCUGGAGGUGGAUGCUGCUGCUGCUUUUUGGGCUCUGCCCACCGAUGGAAGGGGCGGUCUCGGGUGGGGAUCUCCUCCUCAGAACCGAGGACAGCUACAGAGAGGCGGCCUGGGCUGCGGCCGUGGAGCAAAGUUGCCUGGGAGGCCGAACCUAAUGGCACGGCAGAGCCGGACGUGCCUGCGUCACACACUUUCCCCAACAUUAACCUGUUCAGCGCCAUUCGGCCCAACAAGAACAUGGUCACUGUGAUACUGAGCGUCACCGACCCACCACACACGAACAGUACCUUUGACCUGGAACAGCCGCUGGGUGGAAUUUCCAGUAGAUAAUCUUGGGAAGGUAGCAGAAUUUUAACUGUGACUAUCACUGGUGCAUCCGGUACUGAAGAGGAACUGAACAAUGGGUCCAAGUUCAAAGAUAUCUAAUGUCUCAGGCAAACUUGUACAAAAAUAUAUAAAUGGAAUUUUUUAAAGUACAGAAGACAGGUAGCCUUUAAUUUCUAAAAGAAAGAUAAGAGCUGCAAACCAUAAGCUCUGCCUUUCUGCCUUAUAUAUAUUAUGUUAUGGAACAUAUUGUGACAGAGCAGCAAAACAUUUAGGGCCCUAUUUUCACAUCCUUAAAAUAGUGACAGAGUUUCUGAAUAUAUCUACGCUGAUGUGUUCAGGUACACUUCUGGCGUAUUACUAUCUUGGCAACGUAAAACACAUGUGAACUACUGUCUGAUUUGAACCCUGACAACAUUCAACAGUCCGACAUUCAUUGCUAUCUUGGCAAUGCUGACAAAGACACACUGAUGGGUUUUAGUGCUAUGCGAUUUUCAUGAUUCGUUCGGUUCAUUCGAAUUACAGAUUUAAUGCUUAGUUUUUAGUUUUAAAAUGGAGUAAUCUCAAUUUUACAUCUUUACAUACAAACAUUUCAUCUUUUUAAUCUAAAAUAUCAGAAAACACUGCUCAUUUCUGAAGUGUUUAUCCGUCUUGGUUAUCGACGCCUCCCACAGCACUUCGACUCAAACCCCUGGUGGGAUAAAGCAUAUAUUUAGCUAGAAAUAAAUCCUAAUGUUUCUAAAAUGGCAUAUUCAUCCCUCUCCAUUGAGGAUCUGAGAAUAAUUGUGGGAAACAAUUAUUUCAACAAACAAAUCUCUCUCUUAAGGUUUCUUCUGUGACUUGUUUAGUGCGUUAUUUCUCAAUUUUCAGUCAGAAACACGCGUUCUGAAGUUUAAUUCAGUGUUUGUCAGUGUGUGAGUAACUCGGGGUCAGCGCGUGAUAUGAACGCAUGUUUUGAAUCAUUGAUUCACUCAAUGAGUCUACUCAACCCAAAGCGUCUGAACACCAAAAAGUUUGUAUGUGUCCCAGCUUUUAAAUGCCUUAUUCUUGGCUAUAUGUAUUUUGUUUGUUUGUUUGUUUGUUUUUGUUUUGUUUUGUUACAGGUAAACCUAGAUUGAAAUCAUUUCUUUGUUAUCUGAAGUUAGAUUUUUAGUAGGGGGGCAAAAAUGUAUUAAAAUUGAAAAUCUUAUAUCUGAUAAUCAAUUUUUUUUUACACCAUAAUCACUCAGCACUAAUUGGUUAAUUGCACGUUAUGCCCAAAACAAACUCCUGAUUAUUUAAGAGAAUUAGUACAGCCUUUUGUGCAUUUUUAGCCAAGAAGGCAUACUUUUGUUGUCAUUACGACAGCAAAGAAACAUUAAAAAGCUCUAAAUCAAGCUGUAUGGUGCAUGGUUAAUGGCUCUUAAAGGAGAACUAGAACAGAAUUUUGAUGUAGUAAAACAUGAGAAAGAGUACUAACCUUUGUUGAAUAGCCCACCUCCUUUCUUCUGCAGCUUUCUGAGAUGCUGAGGGCUCUACAGAUUCUACUAUUGAGGUGUGGAGCUACUUAUUUAUUUAAUUAAUCUGCAGGGGCAUCCAUUCUAAAGCAGCUAAAGAAUGGAGGUGGGCUAUUCAACAAAGGUUAAAAACUCUUUAUCAUGUUUUACUACACCAAAAGUCAAUUAUACACCGGAGUUCUCCUUUUAAGUUUGGUUUUAGUCUUAGUCUUCAACAGUUCCGAAAUAUGUUGAGCAGGCACAUGGCAAAUGUCAUCAUGUCAAAGGGUGUAUCAUACUAACGUUUCAUGUGGUAACGCACUAUGUGCACACCAAAAGUGAUCAGAUCACUCAGCAUUGCCUGUACAGCAGGCAGUAAUUUGCUAGCAGGUGAUUCUUCCUUUGCGUGAAGUUAAGCAGAGCUUAUUGCAAUGUGGAAUUCGACCACUUUACUUUGUAAAAUCGCUGGCAGGUGCAUCACCAGCUAACUGCAAAAACAUUGUGAAUGAACAGUUCGAGUAAUAUGCAUUACCACACACCAAACUACUUUUUAGCCUGGAAUGAGUGCAACCAAGCCAAAGGCCCAAAAACAUUUUUGAGCUUAGUGGUGAAUCAGUAUUCCAGACCUUUUCAGAGAGAUUUUCAUGAGAACACUUUUCUUUGUUGUUCUGGAAACCUUUGGUUCUACCUCAGUCUGUAAAUACUUCUGCUAGUCAAAAAACUGUACCAGGUUCUGGGUGAAUCCACCUGAUUUCACUACAGAAACUGAAAUGAAGGUCUAUUGUCAGUGGUGAGAUGGCAUUUAGCCAGACAUUAAGAUAAUUUAGUCUGCGCGAGAUCCAUAAUUUGAUACAUAAUUUUCUAUAUUUUGCACAUUUGUGUCACACAUUGUCUGAGUGUUCAAAGUCAUUUUGAAAAGAGGUUUGAAGGUGUCUCCAAAA